UGCCUGUCGGCCGAGGAGAAGGAGUCGCAGCGCAUCAGCGCAGAGAUCGAGCGGCAGCUUCGCCGGGACAAGAAGGACGCGCGCCGCGAGCUCAAGCUGCUGCUGCUGGGAACUGGUGAAAGUGGCAAAAGCACCUUUAUCAAGCAGAUGAGAAUUAUCCAUGGGUCUGGUUACAGCGAUGAAGACAGAAAGGGGUUCACGAAGCUGGUUUACCAAAACAUAUUCACCGCCAUGCAAGCCAUGAUCCGAGCCAUGGACACCCUGAGGAUACAGUACCUGUGUGAGCAGAAUAAGUGCAGUUACCUGACUGACAUUGACCGCAUCGCCUUGCCGUCAUAUGUGCCGACGCAGCAAGAUGUGCUUCGUGUUCGCGUGCCCACAACUGGCAUCAUCGAGUAUCCGUUUGACCUGGAAAACAUCAUCUUUCGGAUGGUGGACGUGGGUGGCCAGCGAUCCGAAAGGCGGAAAUGGAUCCACUGCUUUGAGAGCGUCACCUCCAUCAUAUUCUUGGUUGCGCUGAGUGAAUACGACCAGGUCCUGGCUGAGUGUGACAAUGAGAACCGCAUGGAAGAGAGCAAAGCCCUAUUUAAAACCAUUAUCACCUACCCCUGGUUUCUGAACUCAUCCGUGAUUUUGUUCUUAAACAAGAAGGAUCUUCUGGAAGAGAAAAUCAUGUACUCUCAUCUAAUUAGCUAUUUCCCAGAAUACACAGGACCGAAGCAAGACGUCAAAGCCGCCAGAGACUUUAUCCUGAAGCUCUAUCAGGACCAGAACCCGGACAAGGAGAAGGUCAUCUACUCCCACUUCACGUGCGCCACGGACACGGAGAACAUCCGCUUUGUCUUCGCUGCCGUCAAGGACACCAUCCUCCAGCUGAACCUGAGGGAGUUCAACCUCGUCUAAACGCUGCUGCCCACACCUCGCCAACCAGAGACGGGAUUCACUAGCCCCUCGCUUUCCUUCUGAGAGCUUCUGACAUGCGCCAUCCCAGCUCCCUGGGCAGUACCGCACCAGGUCCGCCCUGUAGGCCACAGGGACAGAGAUGGGCCACGGAGCUUGUAAGACAUUUGAAUUUAGCAAAACUUUUUCAAAGUCUUGAUUUCAAAAUUGUUUUUAUAUUUCUUUUCUUGACUUUCGGCUUAAGAUUUUGUGUAGUGAUUGAAUUUGAGGUUUUAUAGAAUUUUUUAAAAAGCCAUCAUAAUUUACUGUUUUUUUAAAGAAAUAAAUUUAAGUGUGUUUAUUUAGAGAUCAUCCUUGAGACCACUAGAAUUAAUUUGUGUAACUUUGUUUUAAAAAAUAAGUUUUAAGCUUUCUUAUUAUAGCUUGUAAUUUUGAGACCAUUUUAAAUUGUUUUUCUCUCUUUAUGCUGAAAAGUGUGAUGCUUUUAACAUGCCACCAAAGAUUUUUUAAAACGGUUAUUUUUUUGUGCUAACUUUUUAAGUCAAAUUAAUGACUAUGUUGGUAUCUAAUUUGGUUUUCCACAUUUGGAUCACCAUGAAGCCAAAGCUGACAUAAGGUAAAUGGGCUCCACAUAGCACCUAUGUUAUCCUGGUGAAAAGUGUAUGUGACCAGGCCUUAUAAACUUAUGAAAUGGCUAAAAGCCCCAACUGUUUAACAAAUGUAAUGUAACCCUGCCAGAGGUCUGAUGGCCAUCACAGAUGUGCUGUCUGCACCACGUGGGCCGUGCCUUUCUGAGGAGGCUAAGAAUACACCAUUCUGCCAUUA